AUGGCAUUUUUAAUCAAAAGUAUGGUGGGAAACCCAUUGAAAGGAAUGGGACUUGGAGGAGGAGAUGAGAAGGCUGAAGAGGAGACCCCUAAAGACCCUGCGGCCGCCGCCGGGAUGACUCGAGAAGAAUAUGAGGAGUACCAGAAACAACUUGUGGAGGAGAAAAUGGAAAGAGAUGCAGAUUUCUUGCACAAGAAAGCAGAGAGAGCGACUCUGAGGGUUUGCCUAAGAGAAAAAUACAGACUUCCUAAAAGCGAGCAGGACGAGAACAUGCUGCAGAUGGCCGGAGACGACGUGGACGUUCCCGAAGAGCUGCUGAAGAUGGUGGACGAAGAUGCCACAGAAGAAGAGGAGAAGGACUCCAUCAUGGGCCAGAUUCAGAAUCUACAAAACAUGGACAUGGAUCAGAUCAAAGAGAAAGCCAGCGCUACAUUGACAGAGAUGAAGUCCAAGGCUGAGGAGAAAUGUUCUGUCAUGUAG